UUUUUUGCCUGCAGGGGUUUUGGAGCCCCGGAGCGACUCUCCCUCCGUAUUAGUGCUCCGUGUUUCUCCGCCACGCUGCUGCAUUUCUCACCGGCACGGCGCGGGCAACGGAGGCACCAGCGCGCAGGGCCGAGAACAAGCAAAAACGGAGAGGAAAGAAACGGGUGCACAGAGAAAAACUUUUCCCCCAUGUUUCAGGACAACCGCUCCAACAUGUCCAGGCCGAUGAUCACCAGGUCUCCAGCGUCUCCUCUCAGUAAUCAGGGCAUCCCGACGCCAGCACAACUCACCAAGUCCAACGCGCCCGUGCACAUCGAUGUGGGCGGCCACAUGUACACCAGCAGCCUCGCCACACUCACCAAGUACCCUGAGUCCAGAAUUGGCCGUCUUUUUGAUGGCACAGAGCCCAUUGUUCUGGACAGCCUGAAGCAGCACUACUUCAUCGACAGAGACGGUCACAUGUUCCGCUACAUCCUCAACUUCCUCAGGACGUCCAAGCUCCUCAUCCCUGACGACUUUAAAGAUUUCAGUCUGCUGUACGAGGAGGCACGGUAUUUCCAGCUGCAGCCAAUGCUGGUAGAACUUGAGCGCUGGCGUCACGAGCGGGAGCUCAACCGAAUCUCGUGUCCAUGCGAGUGCGUUGUGGUACGUGUGGCACCUGACCUGGGCGAACGCAUCACACUGAGCGGAGACAAAGCCCUCAUCGAGGACAUCUUCCCAGAGAUCGGAGACGUCAUGUGCAACUCGGUGAACGCCGGCUGGAACCACGACUCCACACACGUCAUCCGCUUCCCGCUAAACGGCUACUGCCAUCUCAACUCUGUUCAAGUCCUGGAGCGACUACAGCAGCGCGGCUUCGAGAUCGUGGGCUCCUGCGGCGGUGGGGUCGACUCGUCUCAGUUCAGCGAGUACGUCCUGCGGCGAGAACUGCGGCGAUCUCAGCGAGGACUCCAGACUAACAGGAUAAAACAAGAACAGCUGGACUAGAACCCAACUCUAGAAACUGCCUCAGAGACUUCCAAAAAAAAAAAAAAAAAAAAAAAUGGGCCAUGAAGAGAAAAGACAUUUCAGCAGUUGCCAAGCUGGCAUCACUUGGAACACUUUGUUUUUUUUUUUUUUUUAUUUGUUUUUUUUAGGGAACUUGAGAAAAAAAUUUUUUUGUUGUUGUUGUUGAAGAUUUGACACAUGACCUGUGAUGACAUUUGGAAAGAUCAGGACCGUCUAUAUAAGGACCUUGUUUAAAAAAAUGGUGUCUCUUUCCAUACAUUAAAUUUUAAAGCAAACCUUCCUGUUCUGUUUGCAAUGCUAUAUACAGUAUAUAUAUAAAAAUAUGCAUAUAUUUUGCUAUUUCAUAUAAUUGAUCCAUGGAUGUUGUUUCCUAAUAAUAUCAUUCAUAGGUUUAUUACAGAUCUCAACACAUAGUGAUGUGUUGGUUUUUUUUUUUUUUCUUUCUCCAUAUUAUAACAAAUAAGCAAAGAUCUUGUACUUUUGUUCAUCUAAACAUCCUGAUCAUUUUCUGAUGGUUUUCGUUGAGAAUUGUCGUGUGAUACAUUUCAUUGAUACAUGUAUUUACUUUUUACUCAGUAUGGUUAUAAGAUUAAUAUGAAAUGUAUCCAAAAAAAAAAACCUCCAAGUUUAAAUGAGAUGAAAAGGCCACUUAUUAAUUUUAAUUUAUGAUCGGAUACGGUGUUUAUCGCCUAUUUUUAUUUGUAAGUAUUUCUCUCUCUCUCUCUCUCUCUCUCUCUCUUUGCCCUCAAACCCUUUUUGACUGAAUUUGUAAUUAUAUUAAAUACAGGUUCGUUCUGAAAGCUGUCAAAACUGAGCAAGUCAUUUCGCCGUCAUGUCACAUCACGUCACAUCACGUCCGACGUCCCGAAUUACGAAGAAUGUAGCAAGAAAUUUAAAAUAAAUCACCCAUAAUUGUA